UUUUAAUCGUGAUCGAGUUCAGAAUUAUUUUAUUAAAAAAACUAAAAAAGAAAAAACGUGUUUAUUAAAUAAUUUUAAAAUAAUUAAAAAAAAAUUAAAAAAAAAUAAAUUUUAUAAUAAUUUAAUAAAAAUUUUUAAAAUUAAUAAUAAUAAAACUGCUAAUAAUUACGUUUAUAGUGAAAAUUAUAAUAAAAUUAAUGAAAAUAAUAAUAAUAUUAAUAUAAUAAUAAUGAAUAUAAUUGAUAUUAAUAUUAAUGAAAAAACUGUUAAUAAUUUUAUUAAUGAAUCUGUUUCAACAAUUGAUCAAGAUCCAAAUAAUGAUACAACAAUAAAUCGUGAUGAAUUAAAUACGAUUGUUCGAAGUAUUUUAGUAGCACGUGCUAGAGAUGGUGCUACAAUACAAGAAAUCAAAGAUGACUAUUAUGAUACAAUUGGAGAAAAAUUUCCAUUAUAUGAUAACAUAACAGAUUAUUUAUUAUCAAUUCCAAAUGUUACAUGUUAUGUUAAUGAGAAUUGUUGUAGAAUAUUUUAUAUAACAUCAUCAGAGAAAAGUCAACAUAUUAUUGAUAUGGUUAAAAAUCAAAAGCCAUCACGUAAUACAAAAUCAAAUCAUCAUCACCAACAACAACAACAACAUGAAGAACACGAAGAAGAACAACCAUUACAAGAAAAUAUAAAAAUUAAGGAAACAAAAAUUAUUGAUGAACUAUCAACAAAUUAUAAUAAUAAUUUAAAUUAUUAUAAUCAAAAUUAUAUAAAAAAACAACAAACAAAAAAAUAUUUACAACAAAAUGAAUAUUUUUCAAAUAAAAAUAUAAAUAAUAAUAAUAAUAAUAUAAAUAAAAAUAGAAAUUAUUUAUUUCAAAAUAAAAAUAAUAAUAAUUUUUAUAAUAUGCAAAAAUAUAAUCAACAAUUUCAUCAAAAUCUUGAACAAUAUCCAUUUAAUUCAAUAUUAAAUUAUCAAUUUAAAAAAUAUCAACAACAGCAACAGCAACAGCAACACCAGCAGCAACAACAACAACGCCGACAAUAUAGGAGUACUCCAAUAAAUGAAAAUUAUGAAUAUAUUGAUAAUAAUAAAAUAAAAGAGAUAGCUGAUUAUAUUUUACAAAAUAAUAAUGAUGAUAACAAUUUAUGUUACUUUGAGGAUAAUUACAAAUAUUUGUAUAAUAAAUUUACUGGAUCAACGGAAACACUAUCAACAAAACCAGCUACAACAAAUAGUAUAAAUAGUUAUAAUAGUCAUCAGGAAUCCGAAUUAAUGAAAAAUUAUGAUAAUCCAUAUCGAAAUAGAAAUUAUCAAAAUGAUAAUGAUAAACAAAAUUUUGAAGAUACAGCACGUAUUUAUGAUUAUCAAUUAUUGGGUGAUGAUUUCUUUUUAACAUUGGCUAGAAUCGAACUUGGUUGCAAAUUCAAGAGAGGUAACCUUCGUAAACAAUCUGGCCAUUGUAUAUCAGGUCAAACAAUACAAGAAGCAACAUUUCGUAUAUUAAAUGAAGAAAAUUUACAUGAUAAAAUUAUUAUUAAUAUUGGAUCAGUUGAUAUAUUACAAGGUCAUCAUUUAAUUGAUAUACAACAAGAUUUCUUACAAUUAUUAUUAGCAUUCGAAAAACGUAAUAUUAUACCAAUAUUAACGACAUUAGCACCAUUAGCUAAUUCAGGACAUAAAGCUGAUAUUAAAAAAAAUUUAGAAUGUUUUAAUGAAUUUAUAAGAAAUUGUGGAUUACCAUAUAUUGAUAUAUGGACAACAAUGGUUAAUCAAUAUGGUAAUACUUAUUAUGACUGUUAUCAAAGUGGUGCCAGAUAUGUAACGGGUAGUAUACAUCCACAUGUAUUAUGGAAUAAUGUUGGACGACAACGUAUUUUUAAUAAAAUUAAAUCAGAGCUGCCAUUUUUAUAAAAAGAAAAUUAUACUAUAAAUUAGGAAAAUAGAAUUGAUCUCGUUCACGAUUUUUGAAUUUUAAUGUGUUUGUGUACAAUUUGUUUUAAGAUGUUUAGUGUUCUUUGCCUUUUCUAUACUUGCUUGUGUGAUAUCCGAUUAUAUAAUCAAUUUUUAAAAUUUAUUUAGAAAUAUAAAUAGUACAAAAGAAUAUAAUUUAAAUUUAAUUAUAAUUUUUUAACAUGAUAGUUGUAUAUAGAUUUAAAAAAAAAUGAUUUAAUUAUUUAAUUAUAUUUUUUUUUCUAUUCCAAUUUUUCUGCACUAUGAAUCUUUUUCAUUUUUAAGCCGAAAUUAAUGCAAAAAGAUUCAUUUUACAUUAAAAUUGUUUGGCUCUUUUUAAAAUUUAAGUAAAAAUUAUUUUUCUCUUUUCUUUUUUGAAUUUUAUUUUCGGCAAAAAAUUCAAAAAAAAAAAACAGGAGAAAAAUUUAAAACAAUAAUACAAAAAUUAAAUUUAGCGCUAAAUUUAAUAAAUUUUGUAUAAAAAUUUAGAAUUUUAGAAAUUGAAAAAAUUCUUCUUUUUUUUACUUAUAUUUUUGUAAAUUAAAGAAUGAAUUUUUUCAAAUAAAUUUAUUUUGAAUUAUUUUAUUUAAGUUAAUU